AUGCCCACCGAUCCUGACAGAUCAAGAAAGACUCAAAGCGUGGUGACGAUCCAGCGUGAUAAAUAUGUGAUCCACCACGGCCACAUCGACAAAGAGUACCAGCUCUAUUGCGAUAUUUUCGGAGAAGACAUUGGCGAAAAAUACGCAAUCUCCAAACAAUUACAAAAAGACCAUAGCCAAGAUUCAACGUUGAAAAGUGGGGGAAGAAGAUAUUAUAAUUGUAAACAGUUACGGAUCAACAACAAUAACAAAUCUAGAAGAUCAGUAAUCAAACCUUCUAGGAAACUAGAUGCCAAGGAUGUUUUCAAGGACGAUAAUCCUGAUGAUGAUGAUGAUGAUGAUGAUGAUUUUAUCGAUAAACUCACGUUGAACAAUGUUUUUUUGGAUAAUGAUGCCGCCUCAGUGUUUAGUGCCAUCACCAACCCUCCGGAAGUCGAUACCAAUACCGCGGUUUUGCAAUACUCUUAUAAACUCAACAAGAAAAUCCAGGAGAAAAAAGGCGGGAAAUUAAAACAAGUGAUUGUUAGGAGAUCUCCAAAUGCUGAUGACAAUAAAGAGAACGAAGAUGGUAAUGGUAAUGGUGAUGAUCAUGAUGAUCCCCUGGGGCAAAAAAAAAGCGACUUUAUGAAAUUUGAAGGGUUUUUAAAAUCGAAAUAUUCCGCCCGUAACAAAAAGAAGUUCGAAUCAUUCCAAAGGUUACAACCGUUAGACAUCGAUUUGAAGCACUAUUAUAAUCCGAAGUUCGUUCCUCAGUUACAAGAUCUCCAUAAACCGAACCGCAAUGAUUACUCAAACACAAUUAUCGAAGAACAUGAUCAAAUAAUCGAUGGUAGAAACCCAAAGUCAUCAAACACUACUACUACUGACAGAAGAAGAUCAGCACCUCAAUUUAGGCCGCCAAUCAUUACAGGUGCUGAUCGCAGAAAAUCAUCACCCCAAUUCCGGUCACCAAUUCCUACUAUCACCACCACCACUAAUACUGACCGAAGAAAAUCAUCACCUCAAUUCAGUACACUAAUCACUACUACUGGCCGGAUAAAAUCAUCGCCCCAACUCAAUUCCCCGUCAAUGACGAGUUCCAGAAGGCCUAACUCAUCACCUCUAGUUAAUUCAUCACUGGUUUCCAAUUUGAAAUCCCCUACUAUGGAGGGAAGAUCCGCGCCUCCUCCAAUUUCAAAUCCAUCUUUGGCUUCCAAUGAGAGUUCUAAGUCCAUUGGUAAUAAGCGUGUUGAAGUGCCAUCUCAAAUCGCUGAUAAUAAGCCAUCUCAAACCAUUGACAAUAAGCGUGUUGAACUACCAACUAAAGCUAUUUUUGAUAAGCGUGCUGAAUUGCCAUCUAGAGUUAUUGGUAAUAAGCGUGCUGAUUUACCAUCUAAAGUCAUUAUGGAUGCUAUAGAUAAGCGUGCCGAAGUGCCAUCUAGCACUUUCAUUGAUUCGCGAACUGAACCAUUUCCAACCAUCACCAGGCAUGCUGAAGUUUCACUGCCAACUGUCAAAAAUCAUGCAGGUGCUUCACCACCUACCAUCAAUAAACGCCCCGAUGGUCUGCCAUCUAAACAUACCACCAAUAACCAUGAUAAUAGAUUACCAUCCAAAGUUCGUGCGAUCUCAAAGCCACCAGUUCUUAGGCUUGCUCCUAAAUCUAGCCGUCGUCAUCUUGGAAAUAGCCUGGCAUUGAAACUUGCACCGGGAGGGAAGGAUAAAAACGCGGCCUUUAGUCAAUCACUGAAACAGCAGCAACAAAAGCCAAAACAACAACAACGGCGAUCCACACAACAUAAGCUCCAUCUGUCUGGGACCAAAUCACCUUCAAAACAGCAUGGUCACACCAAAUAUCAUUAUCCAAUAUACUACCAACAGAAAAUCCACCAUCACAAUUCUUCGCAACCUAAUAUCUCCAGAAACUCUAACUUUGGCAAAGAAUCCACCACCACCACCACCAGUAAUUCUUUGGCGCUGAAUAAUAAUAAUAAUAAUAAUAAUAAUGAUGAUGCUAGAUCGCGCAGAUCAAGUAGUAGCUCGUUAGAAGUCGAUAAUUCAAAAGCAUUGUACGAAGAUACCCAACCAUUUUAUAAAACUCCUAGUGAAAUUGAUGCAUCACAGGCCCAGAGAUCAGUGCCGAUCAUUUGUCCUAGACCUAGAAGGGUCAAUAGACUUAGUGCUCAUACCCUUUCUUGUUAUUAG